AUCGGCUCCAUUUGGGAAUUGCAAUUCGCCAUCACAUCUCUUUUCUCAUGCAGUCGAGGUGACGGAGCACCGCUAGCUUCUGUCAGCACUUGCAGGAUGGCUAGGUCUCCAGUGCAGGUUCUACCAGCUGCCAUCUCCUGGACGUGCCGCCAAUGCCGUGUACAAUGCAAAACAUCGAGGGCGCAAGCUCCAUGGAGACAGCUUCCUGCGCAGCGACAGAACUUCUCAACAACAACGCCAUCACCUGCAGAUAUCCAAGUUCGAGCCGCUCCCGAAAUCGAUCUCAGUGACUCCAACGCGGUUCCCGCCCGAAUUCUACCUGCGUCGCCAUCCUACUUCACCGCAUCCCCCGUUUUCAACGAUCACUUCCUUCUCCUACAGUCUCUGGUCAAAAAGCAUGGCAGCCUUCCCGUCGCUCCUCCUGAUCUGGUACCAAGAGGCGUAUGGCUGAAGCUUGGUCAAUACCGUAGUUCUACGGGCGAAAAAGUUGCCGCCGCGAAAUACACAAAGGUCCUACAGCUCCUAACUCGGCUGAACAAGAUACAUCCGAGGAUACGUCCAAGGGAUGUAAAACAAAUCUUGGACCGCUUUCGCCGUCCAGGCUCGGAGGAACUCCAAAAGGCAAACCCAGGCAAGAUCGAUGAGUAUGGAAGGUCUGUUGCGAUUGGACGCAGAAAAGAGUCUGCCGCAAAGGUAUAUCUUGUCGAAGGCGCCGGAGAAGUGCUGGUCAAUGGUCGAAAUAUUGUGCAGGUGUUCCCUCGCUUGCAUGAUCGAGAGAGCGCUCUGUGGGCAUUGAAAGCUACAGAAAGAAUGGACAAGUACAACGUGUUCGCAAUGGUCGCUGGAGGUGGAGUUACUGGGCAAGCCGAAUCUAUCACACUAGCAGUGGCCAAGGCAUUGUUGGUGCACGAACCUGCUCUCAAGCCAGCACUUCGACGAGCUGGCUGUGUCACGUCGGAUAUGAGACGUGUCGAACGAAAGAAGCCUGGCAGACUGAAGGCCAGGAAGAAGCCUGCUUGGGUUAAGCGAUGAGAGUCGCACUCUCAGCAGUGGUACUUGCUGUGUGUACAUCAUAUUCAAUUUACCUGUAUACCAGGCUUUGUACCAGGUCACCAGUGAUUGCGUGCCUUCUCGUCCUGUUCCAAUAUGCUUGUGAGACGGAUAUGGUUUCCCCUUUUCCCUAAUUCACCACGCAGCUGAGCUCCUUUGUCGCUUCUUAUAUGCCUGUGUCUGACCUGCCAUGUCAAGCGAGCUCCCGCAAGGCCAACAUACAGCACUAGCUUGAGAUUAUUGUGAGAGGGAGCUGGCCUCGUGGGAGUGUCACACGAUCAAAAGAGAUCUCCA